AUGGCCGGCUCGUGGGCUGGCCUGCUGCGGCUGCGGCUCUGGCUGGCCAGGGUCGAGCGGGCUGUGGGCGGAGGCCUCCGGAUCCCAGAGGCUCCCAUCCGCCAGGCACUGCCAGCAGGCCACAUCCGGCGAGCCAGAUCCGACAGAUGUGGCGUCUACAAGGCUGGUAGCGCAUCUGCAAAAGCUCCGAAUGGCACGUACCUGAGGAAUAGGUCAGGGGUGUGGGAGGUGGGCGACCACGUGUUCGAUCACGUCUUCGACGGGUACGCCACACAUAGGCAGAUCGAGUCGGACGCAUACAAAGCCGCCAGGGCGCAUGGCCGUCCGCUCAUGCGCGAGUUCUCCCAGUUGUGCCCCAGCGAGCCCGGGACCGUCGUCAAUCGCCUCCGCCACGCAGUCAGGCUCGCUAGUGGCGCUGCCAUGUCCGACAACGCCAACACCACGGUGCUACCACUCGGGGACGACCGGGUGGUGUGCCUCGCCGACGUCACCAAGAGCUUGGUGCUCAUCGACCCGUACUCACUUGGGACGGGCGGCAAGCUCCGAUACGUGGACAGCCUGUGGUGCCUGAACGGCACGUACCUAAGGAACGGGCCAGGUGUGAGCGUUCGAUCACGUCUUCGACGGCUACGGCACAUUGGUCCGCGUCUACUUCCACAGGGCGCUCGAGGCCGUGCUACCGGCGCGCACAGGCAGAUCGAGUCGGACGCAUACAAGGCCGCCAUGGCGCACGGCCGUCCGCUCAUGCGCGAGUUCUCCCAGCUGUGCCCCAGCGAGCCCGGGACCCUCGUCGACCGCCUCCACCACGUCAUCAGGCACGUCAGCGGCGCUGCCACGUCCGACAACGCCAACACCGUGGUGCUGCCGCUCGGGGACGGCCGGGUGGUGUGCCUCGCCGACGUGACCAAGAGCUCGGUGCUCAUCGACGCUGAGACGCUCGGGACGGUCGGCAAGUCCCGGUACACGGACAAGCUGUGGUGCCCGUUGAAGUGCACGCACCCGGUCGUGACCCGUGGCGGCGCCGAGGUCUUGACGCUUCUCCCGGACUUCACCCGGCGGGGCUACCUUUUGGCCAGGAUGACCGCUGGGAGCAACAGGCGGGAGAUCCACUGGAAACACGGUGGCGAGCGUAGAGGUGCCUCCUUUCGUGGCAUUUCACUUCAUCAACGCAUACGAGGAGAAAGGCGACGACGGUGCCCGGGCCAGCGCCGUGAUCGCCGACUCUGCGAGUACUACGCUGAUCCUGCUAUCAUCCAGGCACUUGCUCUCCACAAGCUAAGAUCGCCGGAGACCGCCAAGGACUUCCCUGAUUCAAGGGUCGCGCGGUUCAGAAUACCUCUGGACGGCAGCGCCAUGGGCGAGCUGGAGACAGUGCUGGACCCGGACGAGCACGGCCGGGGUGUGGAGUCGAGCACCAUCAACCCAGCCUACGUCGGCAAGGAGUACCGCUACUUGUACGCCUGCACCGCGCGCCGGCCAUGCAAUUUCUUCAACGCGCUCACCAAGAUGGACCUCGUGGAAAAGGAGGCCAGGAGCUGGCACGAGGAGGACAUGGUGCCAUCGGAGCCCUUCUUCGUGGCCAGGCCGGGAGCAACCAACGAAGAUGGUGGGGUUGUCAUAUCAACUGUAAGCACCAUGGACGGUGACGGCUAUGUGCUACUCCUGGACGCGGCGACGUACAAAGAGAUUGCCCGCUUGCGGUUGCCUUACGGCCUACCCUUCGGCUUCCAUGGCUGCUGGAUCCCAGACAAGAACUGA